AUGCGCUUCUCACUUGCUCUGCUCACCGUUUCCGCUGCGGCGGUUUCGGCCCAGGUCGCGAACUACACCAGCUCGCUCAACAUGACCAUUGACCCCGGCACCGUGACAACCACCGAGCGAGCCCAGUGGUGCCAGGCCCAGACCAACACCUGCGAAACUCUUUGCGACAACAACACGGGCGAGAACUCUUGCACCUUGACCGACUUGUCGUGGGAAUGCACGUGCGCCUCCAACAGCUCGAUGCCCGGCCUGCAGUACUACACUCAGACCGUUCCGACCUUUAUCUGCGAGGAACUGUACUCGCAGUGCAUCACCACCAACGCCGGCAGCGCUAAGCUUCAGAAGGAAUGCACCAAGAACAUCCAGGAUCUUUGCGCUACUCAAGGCCCACCCGAUGCAGACUCGAGUAGCAGCUCGACCGAGUCCGAAACCGCCACUGCUGCCGCUUCCGCUUCCGGUUCUGCCACCGAGUCUGCAUCCAGCGCCUCGGCAACUGCGGACUCGGUGACCUCGACCAGCUCCGACGGCUUCGCUGCCCCUACCAUGGCGCCAGCAGGCAAGGGUGCUGCCGCCGCGGUCGCCAUUGGCAUGCUCGCUUACCUGGUUUAA